AUGAACGUUCUUGUUUAUUCAGGACCCGAGGUUGUAGCAUCCUCGCUCUCCCAUUGCAUCACCUCUCUUCGAAUUGCCCUCGGCCCAAACUACGCAGUACAGAGCGUCACCCGGAAGGCGUUGUCUACCCAGGCAUGGCUGGGAAACUGCGCCCUGCUCGUUUUGCCCGCAUGCAAGAGCACUCCCGUUGACUCUACGCUCAGUUCGACGAUCGAACAGUAUGUCCAGGACGGCGGCAGAUUGUUGACAAUCGGAGCGACCGUCAAAUCCUCCGACACCAAGAUUUCCGUAGCAUUCGAAGGAGGCUCUCUCAAGAACGCGCUACUCACGACGAUAUCGCUUGGUGGUUUUCACAUUCAUUGCCUGCCGUUCCUCGGAAGUUUUCAGGGUGUCGAUAGCGCGGAGCCUAGCAAAUUGGAACCUAUAGCCCAUGUCGUGGAAGACGGGGCGUGCACUGGCGUUGCCACAACAAAACUAUCUCAUGGGAAGGGUAGUGCGAUAUUCUGCGCCAUCCUAAUCGACCACCCGCUCACGGACGAACCUCUCUUGUCUCGGCUUACGGGUUCUCCUGCCUUGUUCUCCGAUGAUCAGCUCCAGAAAGCGGAAGCCCAGCGUCAGCAACUCCUCCGAUCUAUACUCCAGACGCUAGACCUCGUCUUACCCGAGAAGACAUCUGAGUAUCGCAGUCCGCUCCCACAGUUCCUGACAUCCUCCCCAUCGAAGCCAUGGAUCGUAGAUCGCGUUCUGCAGGCAUUGUCCAUCGAACCGGAUUCGUUACCCCCGCACAAGCCGAUCACACUGCAAGACAGCAACGAUACGUUUCACUAUCAACUUGCUAGUGCCGGGUGGGAGACACCUCUGUUCGACACCAAGAAAUUCUACGACGAGCUGGCGCGCGCGCGUCGCAAGGCUGGUUGCAAGGACAGCCAAGAUGCGUGGGGAAUGGGCGAAGCCUUGUUCUACGGAGAGGUUGUGACGAGCACGCAAACCAUGAUUGACAAGAACACCCAUCUGCUCUCGACUCUCCCCGCUCCCCUAGUCUCGCUCGCUUCGCAUCAACUCGCCGGCCGCGGACGAGGCGCGAAUGUCUGGCUGUCUCCCUCGGGAUGCCUCCAGUUCUCCUUGCUUCUACGCGUCUCCCUCUCAGAGUUCCCCGCGAGCAAGCUCGUCUUUGUGCAAUACCUGUUUGGGCUUGCCGUUGUCGAGGCAUGCAGGGACGAGGGCGUUCUCGGCGAAGAAGGCAGGCGAGCGAGACUGAAGUGGCCGAAUGACGUGUAUGUGGUGACGAACACCGGGGAGAAAAGAAAGAUCGGGGGCAUACUCGUCAACACGAGCUUCUCGGGUGGGAAGGUGGAAAUUGUGAUCGGCAGUGGGUUGAACGUCUUCAACCCUCCACCAAUCCAGUCUCUACUUCAACUCGUCCCGCCGCAAUCGAGCGUCUCGCUGACCAUGGAACGCACCGCCGCUAUCAUCCUCACCAAGUUUGAAGAUCUUUGGGGAACGUUCCUGUACCACAAGGGGUCAUUUGAGCCUUUCCUCGACCUGUACUAUGAUCGAUGGCUGCACUCGGACCAACUCGUGGAGCUGACAACCGUCACACCACCUCAGAUGGUCCGCAUUGUCGGCAUCACAAGCGACCAUGAGGGACGGUUGGGCGGAGGAGGCAGCGGGACAUACAUCGAUUUACAACCUGACGGAAAUAGCUUCGAUCUCAUGGCGGGCCUUAUCAAAGCGAAGACAUAG